AUGGCGUCCGGAUAUAAUUCAACGUUCUCUACAACGUCGACCCAACACCGUGGCGUUGGUGAUGGACGGUCAUACUCGAGUCAGGAUGAUGCUUCUGCAGAUGGCAGCUGGCCCGGAGCGGCCCCUAGGGCAGGGAGAAACUCUCGCUCAGAGUCCGGAGGUAGUACAACGAUCAAUCCCCGGGGCGGAGCAUCGUUGGCCCCUUCGUCUGGGUCAGCGGGGCCGGGAAGCUUCAGCUCUGAACUCAAGAGCAUGAAGACUUCCCGGAGUACGACCCCACGUCCCGAUGGCACGUUUAUAGGAAGGGGGAGCAACAGCUUCGAUUUCCACGAUUUAUCCGGGACCGAGGAGCGACAGGCGGUGAUUCGGGACAAGAUCGCCAAGGAGAUGAAGAUAAAGACGGGAACGGAGAAUAUGCUUGAAGCGCUACUGGCCAAGAAUCCGAAACAAACGAAGGACCAACGACUAAAGGUGGAAUCGGAGCUAAGCUCGUCGAAUCGCAAACUCGCGGAGCUGAGCCAUGAACUCGAGGAGGAAUUAUUACGUGCGCAGGCGCCAUCCACACCCCCUCGAAGCCGCUUAUCGACGUUGUUCCGAGGCAGCUCAAUACGGUCUCCUUCACGUAGCAAUACAACUGUCGAUGACACUCGUUUGGAAGAGGGAGAGGGAGAGAUGGAGUCACCGACCUAUGUCCUUGCAGAGACCUUACAAGCAUUAGAGAUUGAGGGCAUGUCUCCUGACUACUAUGUGGAACGAGCCAAUAGUCUCGUUGAGCUUUUCAAGCGACACCAGACCCUGAAGUAUGAUCUGGCGUGGUCUGUGUUUGGCUUGCGCGUCCAAGUCAUGCUUUUGAGCGACAACAAAGAGGUCGUCGCAGCUGGCUACCGGCUGACCCGAUAUGCGAUAGCGGAUCGGAAGUCUCUCCAAACCAUUCGAUCUUUGCACACCGACGAGCUGGUGAUACUGUCUCUUGCCAAGGAAAGCAAGGCAAGCAUUGAGCGGGAACAAGCCCUAAAGUUUGUACGAGGUUUCUUGGAUGUCAAAGACGGCAUUCGCGAGAUAUCGCGCGCUGUAGUGAGGAGUAUUGUUUCUGUCGCCGAGAACUCUGAAGAUCGUCUCCGAAACAUAUCCAUUAUGACUCUCGCCGAAAUCCUGAUCAAAGACCCCGAGCUGAUCGCGCAUGCGGGUGGAUUGGGCACCUUGCAUGACGCCCUUUCGGAAGGGACGUUUGGGGCCUCGGAAAGUUUGAUAGCGAGCUUUCUGCAUGUUUUGGAUACGCCACACACCCGGAAACACCUACGGGGAGGAUGCGAACUCGAAGCUGUUCUCGCACCCUUCACUGACUCACUAGCAGACUCUGUUCGCAAUGGGCGCUUGAAAUCGGCCGCAAGGGCCCUUUCGGCAAUGCUGAAGACCUGGCCGGGAUUGGUGGUUCUAGGAAGGAAUCAUGGAAAACCCCUCCAGUCACUCCUAGACUCCCUACACUAUCCAGACUCGCAAACUCGAGAUCUGAUCAUGGAGCUGCUAUUCGACGCCUUACGAAUCAAACCACCGUCAUGGUCCUCUUCUUUCCUCGCUGGCCGGAGGCUUACGACAUACGGGAGAGUCGCAAAUCUUCAAUCUGAAGCUGACGCAAGGCAGCUUCGGGCGUACCAUGAGGGCGGAGACAGCAAAUUUGAUCUGACAGCCCAUUUUUCAACUCUUAUCCUUGCGACUCUGGUAGAAGCUGGGUUAACCAAGGCUCUUUCUGAUCUCAUCGAGGAUGAAAAAGAUCUAUCUUUGAGACGAAAAGCCACAUUGCUCCUAACAGAAGUUUUGAAGCUAGCACAUCAUUCUUUGCCGGCGCGCAUAAGUGCUAAAAUGCAGGUUCUUCCACACCUAAUACCAGCCGCCAUCAACUUUGAUGUUGACAAUCAUGACGUUUCCACGUCAACUAUUUACCAAAUAGAGAGCAUCAACAGAACACUGGCGCGUUCUCUAGGGGGUUUCCACAAUGCUGGACGGUACAGUGUGGAUGUCGACAUAUCUGCCUCCCUUCUUUCCAAUGACCAGAACAAGGACAAGCUGAGCCCUACCAUGGAUGAAACCCAAUUUCGCAACGCCAUCUUGGAGACGCACGUAUUGAAUACAGUCAACUACCUCAAGUGGAAGUGGGACCUGAUUCACCGUAUCGUGGAAGGGCCCCUAACGAAUCCUAAGCGGUUAGAUGAGGCUAUCAAGGGCUCAAAAUUCAUGAAACGACUCAUCGGCUUUUACAGACCUUUCAAAUACAGGUUUUCCAUGCUCCCAAACACCAAGCCAAACCAGCGUUAUGUCCGGACAGGGUGCGCCUUGAUGCGUACUCUGAUACAGAUUCCCGAGGGGACAAAAUAUCUGAAGGAAAACAAGUUUCUGAGACAGGUUGCAGAGUGUCUCGCACAGGUUGAUCGCAUGAGUGGGCUGACCUCGUCAUCCCCUCUAUUCUCGAAAGAGCAGAUGGCCAGCACUCUGAGUGGGGGGUACUUUGCCAUGUUGGGGACUAUGAGUGGCGAAGCCAACGGACUCGCGAUGAUGGAACGAUGGCACAUGCUUAACAUGUUCUACCACAUUAUUGAGCUUCGGGAUCGGGAUGACCUGAUUCAGACUCUCCUUGGGAAUAUCGACUACACCCAUGAAAGCCAUCUUCGAGUCAUGUUGUCAAAAGCCCUUACCACUGGCUCCAAAGGGAUUCGGAUAUUCGCAACAAAACUCCUCCGCAAGUACGCUGUUCGAAACGUUCCUCUUUCCCCACAGAUGGCAAUCGGCAACGCAGACUGGGUAGUCAAAUUCCUGGUGACCCAGCUGUAUGAUCCGGAUGUUUCGGUGUGCCAGAUUGCUGUGAAGAUCCUGGAGGAGGCCUGCAAUCAGCGUGACUAUCUUGAGUUUGUGGUCAAGUGCAGGCCAUCCUUGGAUCACUUGGGAGAGAUUGGCGCGCCCCUCUUGCUACGUUUCUUGUCGACUUCGGUGGGCUAUCAUUACCUGGAUGGUCUGGACUAUAUUACGCAAGAGAUGGACGAUUGGUUCCUUGGCCGAAAUGAUGCGUACGUGGGAUUGGUAGAGGCCGCUCUGUCACGCGCUUACGUUGAUCAACCACGGCGAGGUAGCCUCGUCCCUGAAGACCUCGUGGAUAUGCAAGACGUUGGGGUCGUACCCCCUCACUUUUACCGAGAGCUUGCACGGACAAAAGAGGGAUGCAGACUUCUGGAACAAUCAGGUCAUUUCAACGAAUUUGCCUGGACCAUCCGCGAUUUUCAAUUGAGCGAGCAAGACACGGAGUCUCUUCUUAAAGUCAAAGGCUGUCUAUGGGCAGUCGGGAACGUGGGAUCAAUGGAAUUGGGAGCACCCUUCCUCGAGACUGAUCUCGUCGAACAUAUUGUGAGAAUGGCCGAGUGUUCGGAGGUCUUGACAAUGCGAGGAACGGCAUUCUUCGUGAUUGGUUUGAUCUCCCGGAGUCAGCACGGGCUCAGAGCCCUGCGAGCGUUUGGCUGGGACUCGGCUGUUGACCAGCACGGGAGUUCGUUGGGGCUGUGUUUGCCCAAUGAUUUCAACAAGUUAUUCAAGGUCGAAUUUCCUACCCAUUCCCGAAAUCCGGACUUGAAGCGCUUGUCCCAGGAGAAAUACAAGGCCAUGACCUCUGACCCGGAUCCGGUGAACCAACAAAUCCUCAAACACAUUGUCGACAUGGGAAAUACAGUCCUGUCCAAGCGAGCGGCCGCCGAUUUGCAUAGCAUGAAGUCCAAACGGCCAGAUCGAUUCCACCAACCCCACCUGUUCCGCAAGACUCUCGGUAUCCUCGAAAGCCAUCAUUUCCGCUUGCCUGCUCGGCGAUUUGCCCUUGAUCUUUUCGAUAAGAGCGUUAUGCGACGUAUCGUUCUCGAAGACGAAAACGGAUCCGACGUUGACUCGGAAGGAGCAACAUCUUCUGAAGAUUCAGGCUCGGGUUGA